AUGUCUGGUGAUAUGGCGCAGCAGGGACAGCCCUACCCCAUACCCUGGGGGCUGCACUACCAACACAGAGAAUCAACAACGCCAACGUCUACAGCUCGACCGUACGAACACCCGCACACUCACACACACGCACAGUUGUAUGCGAGACAUGCGCACACACAUACACACACGUUGAUAGACCAGCAUGAACCUUGUAAAGGCGAAGGAGAGGAAACUAGACCAGAUUAUAGAGAACAGUAUACAGGACAAUUACACAGAUGCAGCUCGUACGGUAAAUGCGUGGAGGAAGUGACGGAGGAGCCGCGUGAGAGAGACGAGGCGGUCACUAGCACUGAACAUCAUCAGCACUGGGAUGAGAAGUUAGUGAGCAGUUCCCUGUGUCCUACAGCAGCGGCCGCCAGCUCCAGCCGGACUGACGCCGCGUCUCCUCACCAGCACGUCACCACCACGCAUGCUGGCGGUGGUCGUCGCGGUGCCCUACAACUGUGGCAGUUCCUGGUCUCUCUGCUGGCUGAAGGUGCGCGCUGCGUUGCCUGGACCGGCCGGGGGCUGGAGUUCAAGCUGCAUGAGCCUGAGGAGGUGGCGCGACGUUGGGGCGCCCAGAAGAACAGGCCAGCGAUGAACUACGACAAGCUGUCCAGGUCUCUGAGGUACUACUACGAGAAGGGCAUCAUGCAGAAGGUCGCAGGAGAACGUUACGUCUACAAGUUCGUGUGCGACCCCGAAGCUCUCUUCAGCAUGGCGGCACCCCCCCGCGCCCGCUCGCCCCCCGCCCCGGCGCCGUACGACGUGCUCACCUCGCUGUACGGGGGAGUUUACCCCCAAUACCUGCAGCCGCCCCCACAGGCUGAAUACCAGCGACGGUAUUACCAUCAUCAUAUCAAUCAUACGGGACAUUACGAUACGUAGGCGGUAGAUGGCGCUGUUUUCAGUUUUGAAUUUUCUAUAUUUUUUAUGUUUUUUUAAGGGUGAUUUGCACUAUUUGACUUUAACGGCAGUAAUUCGUGAAAUGGUCGCUUGUUGGUUAAAUCGGCGUAUUGGCAACUGAAAAUAGUUCGGUUAUCGUUAGAGUUAAAUGGUGGAACUGACCGUAAUGAAUAUCAUUUUGAAAUUGACUUUGUAAAAAAGGCUAUGUACUCAAAUUUUUUGAAAAAGCUAUUCAACAACUUUGUGGCUCUGAACUUAGCAACAUGAUAUCUCGCACAUAAGUAAUCGUGUUUUGUUCAUCUAUUCCGACUUUCGUAAAGACACUAGUAGCUAACUUCAGGGCGGUAAAGUUAUUUACAUUUUAUUUCAUAAAAAUUUACCUUAGAAAAUUCACUCUUUGGGUUUGAAAUGAAACUUAAAGUCAUCCCGUAAUUGUAAGAUCUCAACUUUGUGAUUAUUUCUUGAACCUAGUCAUAAAUUGUACAGUAACAUUAAUUGAAGGUAUUUACUUAAAUAUUUCCCAUCUAAUUAACAAAAAUUACUCAAUAUUAGUUAAGAAUAAAAAAAUAACCACCCUAUACACUAGAUCCUGAGGAAGGACAUUGGCAACUUUUUAUCCAGGUGCGGGAAGUUGGUCCCUCGGGAUACGAGCGAUUAUUUAAGAUAACCUAGUCAUUAGUUAUUAAUGUAUUUAGUUAAAAUGUGCAAUAUUACCUAUAAUAAUAAUAAAUUAGUUACGUAGACAACUAUCAUUGUGAAUUAUAAGCAAUCAUGUGAAUAUUAUUGUUAAUUAAACUAUUUAAAUAUA